AAAUAACUGGGAUUGUUUCAUGCAGGUUGUAGCCUCCACCUGUCUGUCUCUGUGUUGGGUUCGGACUCAACGACUUCCACACACACGUCAACAGAAUAUGCAGCCUCUCCUCCAUUGAAAGCGGUAUCCAUAUCCUAACACUCCACACUUCUCUCUUUUCCUCCUCUUUUAUACUCUGAUGCUCUGAUUCAAUUGCCACGCUGUCGUCCUAUAUCAAUUUUCGAAUGAUUGUCUGUUUUAAAUUUUACAACCGUUGAUUAAAGAUUCUCCCCAAGAUCAUGGGAUGGUAUAGGCGCUCAAAGUUUGGAUUCGAUGCGAUUCGUAGCUUCGCAUCCAAGAUUCUACCCAGAAACCCAGUUCAAAACCCCACUCCAACAAUCAACCAGUACGGUUCCCCGAUACCCAUUUUGAUUAAAUCUAGGGUUUCUAGGCUUGCUCUUUCUUCUCCUAUUUCUAGAAAUUUGGGUUUUCAAUUUGGUCUCAAACAGAAUCAGUACAAUCCCUUUAUUGGCUGUGCUAGAAGAUAUUACUACGUCGAUAGAUACCAUGUUCAGCAUUUUCGUCCUCGAGGGCCUCGAAGAUGGUUCCAGAACCCUAGGACUGUGUUCUUUGUAGUGUUGGUAGGUUCAGGAAUGUUUAUUACUGUCUACUUUGGGAAUUUAGAGACUAUACCAUACACAAAGCGAAAGCAUUUCGUGCUUUUGUCGAAAAAUCUCGAGAGGCAGAUCGGAGAGACGCAAUUUGGGCAAAUGAAGGCUGCAUUCAAGGGGAAAAUAUUGCCGGCAAUCCACCCGGAAAGCGUUCGGGUCCGAUUGAUUUCAAAAGACAUCAUAGAGGCUUUGCAGAGGGGGUUGAGGCAGGAUCACGUGUGGAGUGAUCUUGGGUAUGCUUCCGAGAAUGCUGGGACGCAUGAGAAUAGUGGGCAUGAGACUUUGAUGGCUUUGAGUGAGAGUGCUGAAGAGAAAUGGCCAAAAGAAGAUGAGAUUCUUGAUGAUAAGUGGGUUCAGGACAGCCGAAAGAAAGGUCAAGAACGCGGGUCUCAGUCCGCUACUGGGCAUUUGGAGGGAUUGAAUUGGGAGGUGUUGGUGGUGAAUGAACCAGUUGUGAAUGCUUUCUGUUUGCCGGGCGGGAAGAUUGUUGUAUUCACCGGGUUGCUCGAGCAUUUUAGAACGGAUGCGGAGAUUGCAACCAUUAUUGGGCAUGAGGUUGGGCAUGCUGUGGCCCGUCAUGCGGCUGAAGGAAUUACAAAAAAUCUAUGGUUUGCCAUAUUGCAAUUGAUUCUUUACCAGUUUGUUAUGCCUGAUCUUGUCAACACAAUGUCAAAUUUAUUCCUAAGGCUUCCUUUCUCACGGAGGUGAGGCUUUAUAAUAUGGUUAAGGCGAAAGGGGGAGGCGUUGUUCCUCGCUGUGGUGCAGUGCAACAGCCACUAGUUGGCUUUUCUGGCAUUUCUAAGUCAAAAAAGGGUAAAUCCAAGAAGUGACCUUUCAAGGCAAAGGAUGUAGAAGCGGCCACCAUACGUGCAUUCAGCGAAUUAUUGGUGUAGGGCGCUGUUCUUUGGUGCACCGGACUUAUUGUGGGCAAGGGUAGACUUAUUUGACGACGAUGGUGGGAGCACAUUUGGAGUUUCUUUUGGAGGGGUUGAGCUAGAGGAAGGGACUUAGGCUUUUAUUCCUCGAGUCUAUUACGCGUCUUCAUGUGGAGCAAGGCACUUGCCCUUAUUCUUUUCUUGCUUUUGGGAACUAUACGGGGGCUAAGAAUGAUUUUGACAUGUGGAGCGCAGCUAUUUUUCGUCAUCCCUCGUAUUGCGAGGUGCUUGCUGGUGCUACCCGCAAUUUCUCAGUAUAUACGGAUUAGGUGGGAACCAUCCUGGCUAGAGUUUGUGCUUUCUCGAUGGAGCUCCAGUUCUUACACUUUUGUUGCUCAGGUGGGGGAAGAUUAUCCCUACUCUGGAGGAUGUACCUGUUUUGACAGGGUUAGGGCAUCUUAGGUCGGCGAACCCUUGUGUUGGAAGUUUGUCUCUUAACUAGAUGGCCAUAAUUGCUAAGUUGGAGAAUGUUGUGGGACUGGUAAGGAAGAUACUAAGUCGCUAUCAGAAGAAAGUGUUGAUUGAUCCUUAGUCGCAGACACGACAGAAAAACAUUUUUUGGGGGAUGACUACGUUAUUAGUUUCGAGAUUUUAGCCAUCAAGUCAAGGGUCCUGGUAUCAAAGGAGAUAAGUGGG